AUUAUUAUAAUCGAAUUAAUAGAAUUCCUUUCAUCUAGGCAUGGGUUUCAGUGCCUGUCCGAUAUGUACAGAAGAUCUUCAAGACGAAAUUGUCACUACGAAAUGUGGUCACAUCUUUCACGACAUCUGCGUGUCUCAGUGGUUGAAGAACAACAGAGCUUGUCCAACUUGCAGAUCCCAUGCUUCCAAAAGGGAACUUAUCAAACUGUUUCUUAAUAACUCUGAAGAUUCUUUCAGUUUAUCUCAAAUGCCAGUCGGGGAAUUUAACCAUGAAGCGCUAGUAAAGUGCCAGAAAUUAAAUGAGAAACUGAACAAACGCAUUGAUGACUUGAAUGAGAUAGUUUCUAAUUUGAAAUCAGUCACUGAAGAGAAGGAAAAGGAGAAUGAGACUCUCCUCUUAUCAAAAUGUUCGCUAGAAAAGGAACUGAAGAACACCCGCCACACUUGUUCCAAUUUGAGAACGAAAAUGAAAUACAUGGCUGAGGACGCGGAGAAAACUAAAAGAUUUCAAGAAAAAGCUAAACUUUUGGAACGGGAAAUGAGAACUAUGAGAGGUUUAAAGGCUAUAUUGGAGGGUUCACAAUCAGAAUGCGAAGAAGUUCUCAGGAAUACGACGGAUAUUGAGACUAUGGCCCAUCUUAUGACAGGUUUAAAGAGAGACUACAAUUCUCUGCAAAAGAGCAAGGCGGAAGUACAACAGCAAGCAGAGGAGCUACAACGCAAGGUUUCCUACUCUCGCCUCACGACGCAGGCCCUGCGCGAGGAGUUGGAGGAAAUGAAACAGGACAAGCAACAAAUCGAACAGGAUCUGUCAACCGCUGAACGGAAAAACGAGUCUCUGAGUAAAAAGAUUGGAGUAUUUGAGGAUAGAUCCUUGAAUAACACUAACUUAUUAUAUGUUUCGAAAAACUCGACGCGGCGUUCCCUGCCUAUGGAACAGCAGACUCCAAUCCAGAUGAAUAAGAGGCAGAGGCAGGAGCAGUCAACACCAAUACUAUUUGACGAUGAUCUCAGCGAACUUGACAAACAGUUCGAGGCUGAACUAUCUCGAGACGAUGAUCUGGACAGACUAGCAGCUGAACUGGGUGUAGACAUCAACAUGGCCACUACUCCUGGCAAAGCUGAACUUAAGACUAAGGACGUAAAGGAGGACAACUUGUUUACUAAAGUUGGGUUCGAUGGGUUAGGGGGGACUACUCGCAUUAGGAAGAAUCUACCUCCUCCGAGGUCGAUAUUUGCGAAGCAGCAUAAAACCUCUGGACCUUCUCUCGCCAGAUCUACAACCCUUGGAAACUUCUUCAGAAAAUUGUAGCACUUGCUGCCCUAUGUAAAUUUUAAUUCAGUAAUAUUUUAAUAAUCUUGUGAUGUAUUAAAUGUAUAUUAUUAUUAACAGAGUUUGCUAAAUUUCAGCAAAUCUGGUAUUUGGAUAACUAAAAUUUUAUAAAUUACAUACGAUCGUAUGUUUACAUAAACGGAAAUUAUUUUCAUUUCAAUUUUAAUUGUAAAUCUCAUUAUUACUCAUAACCAUUAUUAUCUGUUUUUGCUUCGGUUCUUAUUUACAUUUCCAUUA